CUAGCGCGCAGGAGUCACGUGGUGUCGGAAGUGCUGUGACCUUGUUCAACUGACAACAUGAGAGCUGCGGUACCGGCUGCCGUGUCCAGGGGGCUUCUCCGCCACAUCACCCGGGGGUCUCAGGCGGGAUGUUUCCGGGGGUAUGCUCACACCGCAGAGACUGUGGUGGAAAAAGAUGGCGUCUCUGCGUCUGCGGCGGCUUCGGAACACGCCCAUGUGACCCAGAAGAGCGCGCCGGAAUCUCUAUCGUUUGCGGUGGGGAUGUUCAGUGGGCUGAUCCAUACUCAACAAGUCUUCCCAUAUCCAUCAGUGUUGAGUGAGGAGCAGUCUCAAUUCCUUAGCGAGCUAGUCGGACCUGUGUCACGUUUCUUCAAGGAGGUUAAUGAUCCUGCCCAGAAUGACGACAUCCAGAGGGUGGAUGACAAGUCCAUGUCUGGGCUGAAGGAGCUCGGCGCGUUUGGUCUCCAGGUCCCAGCUGAGCUGGGUGGGUUAGGAUUGAAUAACACCCAGUAUGGUCGUUUGGUGGAGAUUGUAGGAGAACACGACCUAGGCGUUGGUAUCACCUUAGGGGCCCACCAGUCUAUUGGCUUUAAGGGGAUCCUUCUUUACGGUAAUGAAGAGCAGAAGAAGAAAUAUCUGCCCCGUCUUGCCUCAGGUGAAAUCAUUGCUGCGUAUUGUUUGACCGAGCCAACCAGCGGGUCCGAUGCUGCCUCCAUCAGGUCUACGGCAAAGAAGAGCCCCUGUGGGAAGUACUACACUCUCUCCGGCGGAAAGCUGUGGAUCAGCAACGGGGGCAUUGCCGACCUCUUCACCGUCUUUGCCAGGACUCAAGUUCCCGACCCAACAUCUGGGGAGAUGAAGGAUAAGAUCACAGCAUUUGUAGUGGAGCGAGGAGAGGGGGUGACAAACGGGCCCCCUGACAAGAAGCUGGGAAUACGGGCCAGUAACACCGCUUCUGUUUUCUUUGACGAGGUCCGUGUCCCGGCAGAGAAUGUUCUGGGGGGUGAAGGCAACGGUUUCAAGGUGGCCAUGAACAUUCUCAACAAUGGACGGUUUGGGAUGGCUGCAGCAAUGUCCGGCACCAUGAAGGGCUUGAUUCAGAAAGCUGUGGACCACGCCACAAAUCGCUCCCAGUUUGGAAAUAAAAUUCAUAACUAUGGAGUCAUCCAGGAGAAGCUGGCACGCAUGGCCGUCCUCCAGUAUGUGACCGAGUCAAUGGCGUACAUGAUCAGCGCCAACAUGGACUCCGGGGCCAAGGACUUCCAGGUUGAAGCUGCCAUCAGCAAAGUGUUUGGCUCGGAGGCAGCUUGGUCUGUGGCUGAUGAAUGUAUUCAGAUACUGGGAGGAAACGGCUUCAUGAAGGACGCCGGGGUGGAACGUGUCCUCAGAGAUCUGCGCAUCUUCAGGAUCUUUGAAGGAGCCAAUGAUAUUCUCCGACUCUUCGUGGCCCUGUAUGGACUGCAGAGCGCUGGGAAGGAGCUGAAAUCUCUGCAGAAAGCAUUGAGCAACCCGCUGAGCAACACUCCAUUACUGGUGAAAGAAGGUCUGAAGAGAGCAAGGAGGAAGGCCGGACUGGGCACAGGACUCACCCUAAAAGGACAGGUCCACCCUGAGGUGGAGAAGAGUGCCGAGCUGGCCGUUGGCGCUAUUGAGGACUUUGGCAGUGCAGUAGAGGAUCUGCUUAUCAAGUAUGGCAAGAGGAUUGUGGAUGAGCAGUACGUCCUGCAGAGGGUGGCGGACUGUGCCAUUGACCUCUACGCCAUGGUUGUGGUGUUGUCCAGGUCCUCCAGGGCUUUGUCCCAGGGACUCCCCACUGCAGCCCAUGAGAAGGUCCUGUGUGAUGUCUGGUGCUCAGAGGCAUCGACCCGCGUACAUGACAGACUGAGGAGCCUGCGAAGCGGUGGAAGUGGAUCAGCCUUAUUUAAGAACCUGCGCUCGGCCUCUGCUGCCCUGGUGGAGAAUGGAGGUGUGGUGGCCGCUCAUCCCUUAGGGUUUUAGGGCUCUACUGUGAAUAUAGAUGAUUCGUCCAGACCCAUAAUGCUGCCUUAUACCUACAGUGCCAGAAAUAAACUAUACAAGGAA